AUUUUAACGGUUGAGGCUUGAGUUUAAUUAAGUAUAUUACAUAUAAAGUAAUACUUACGAAUUAAUCUAGUUAUAAAACUUCUGUUUAUUGUUUGAAAUUAUAAAACAAAAACUAUCGUUAAUAAAAUAUAUUACAAUUCAUAAGUUUCAAGUUAAACGAUAAAGAAAUGUACCGUUAAAUAAAUUUGCAAAAAACCAACAAAAUGACGUCGAAUUCAAACAUUUUUUUAACAAGGACAUUUAAAUCUACACUCAGUUCUUUAUUAUUCACGUAUGUAACAGCGUUCUUAUUAUCACUUCGGUCGAUUCUUAGCUUCACAUUCAGCUUGUAUUCAUUAUUGUAUAUGCCGGCUGUAUUGGUAGCUGUUUUAUUGUUCAUUAUAACCAGCUCGCGUAGGUAUGUGAGAUCCAAAUCACCUUGUACAAAUCGUUUUAACAAAAUUGUCAAAGGAUUUUCGAUUCAAACUACAUUACCAGCGGCAUUGAUUUCGGUCAGCACAUGGUUUCUGUCUAAUAUUAAUCCAUUCUGUCAAGAUGAAAACAUUUGCCAUGUACUCAAUAUUGGAWGUGCUCUAGCUGGCGUUUUAUUCCAUUAYGAAAAUGUUUACUUUGAACAAGACUUUCACUUUCCAAUCAUUCAAACCACAAAAUAUUCAAUGUUUAUGUCUAAACUCUCAGAGAUUAUAUUUAAGUCAAUGAAAAAAUCAUUUUUGUAUCUAUUAUUCAUAUUUAUUCCGUUAUAUGUGAUUGAACCAAAAUUGUGUUCUAAUGUUUAUUUUUUUGUGAUUCUAUGGUUUUCAAUAUCAUUAGUCUUAUACUUGUUUUAUUCAUUUGAGCACAUUUUAUUCUUAACUAUGACUGAACGUGUUAUAUUUCCAAUUGUGACCGUAAAUCAAGACGAUAAUUGUUUACUUAAUGCUUUGAAUGUUGAUAAUAAAAUUAUAAAAUCAUUAGCACUUUAUGAUCUUUAUCAAGCUACAAUUAAAGAUGCAGAAAGAAGAAAAGACAUAUUUAGCUUAAGUUUUGCGGGAAAUGUUCCUCAGAGUUGGAAAAUUAUAUUUAACUAUUGUAUAAAUAACAUAACAUCCACCACGGAGGACAUGAAAAAUUUAGUUAACCAUGUACCACUUAAGUUAAUCAAUCGGCGAAAUAUAAGCAAUGCCAGAUUAAUACAUAUUAAUGGUAGUAUCAUUAACAAACCAUCUGAAGAAAAUUUAAAUCAAAAUAGCAUAUUAUUAAAGUUUUUCGAAAAAUUCUGGCUGUAUAACUACUUUUUUGGACCAUUGGAUAAAGAUAAAUUACUAGAAGACUUUGAAGCAACAGUUUGGUGCUGUUAUAUACUUUCAAAUUUAGCUGUAGUUUCAUUAAAGGAAGAUGAGUAUGGUGUAGUCAGAGAACAACUGGGGAAAAUUGUUAGUACAAUUUUGGAUUUAAAAAAUCAACUAGACGUCCAACAAAGGAAUUUUAUCAACCAGAAGACCAAGAAAAUUGAAUACUUAAAAACACAUGUUAAGACUUGUGCUGUGAUAUAA